GUAGGCGUUCCGCUGCCCGGCGGUGGCUGAGGUGUGCUUUCAUUUGGUGGAAGGUUGGAUGUUUAAAUGGCCUCAGAAGGGCAAAGUGAGGAUGCUGAGCGUCCAUCUGAGCUUCCUACGGCUCCUAUUGGGAGUAACAGCAGGUUUCGAUGGGGAGAUAUACUUGCUGCAGUGAAAGAUCAGCUCCCAUCUCUGGACUCUGACACUUCUACAUCUGACUGUGACAGUGAUGAGGAGCUUUUCAUCUUCCAGCGAGAGCAACCCAACUUAAUUCCUGACCUGUCAGAUGAGCUACUGGAAUUUUCCCUGGAAGACUCAGACAUGCAGAAAACACAGGAAAAGAAAUGGAAUGGAGAUCUGAAGAGUCUUGGCCAUCAAGAACAAACAGAUGGUGCUCAAGUCAUUUCAAAAGAAUAUGUUCAAGUGAUUAAAGAUGAGGCUUCCAAUCUUUCCAGCCAUACUGAAGAAAUUCCAAGCCAAAUGGAAGCUGUUCUUGAAGAGUCUCUUGCAGAUUCCACAGAUGGCCUUGAAGAGGAAGAACCAGGAAGGCAACAAGCCAGGGAAAAAGGGAACUUUUGCCUUAAUACAUCAUUGUUAUUGGAGGAAGUGUGCAGUAAAAAAGAGAGAAGAAAGCUGAUAGAGACAAAGAUACUCUCAAAAAUAUUUCUAGAGCCAUCACCAGGCCACCCUGAGCUAAAUAAUAAUCCUCCCUCACAUGGCAUGAGCAGAAGUCUGGAAAGAAGUGCUAAAGAAGAAACUUCUUCAGCUGGCCAUCUUCAGGAACUAACCCAUCUGUCACUGCAGAAUACCGAGAACUGGGAUCUAGACAAGACUUCUGCAGAGCUGAAGCAGCAGAAAAAUACACAUAACACUCAUGCAGAAAUUGCCUUCUCCUCAACAGAUUAUGAGACCUUCAGAGGUAGAUCUGAAAAGCAGCUCAUGGAAAAAUUAGAAGAGCUGUGUGACAGGCAAUCCAGGACACUGUCUUCACGCUGCAGGUGGCCAUCAGCCAAAAUCUCCAUUCAGGAAGAGCAAGAGAACAAGAAGGAUGUUGCCUUCCUCUCAUCUUCACCAAGUUCUCUGAGGAUGGACGCAGUGAGAUUGCAGUGCCUGCCAGAGCCUCUAACUGUGUACAUAGAUUUAAGAGAUGCUGAACCACAGAAGUUGGUAACGUUCCCUGAUGAGAAACAGAGUGCAGGUGACAGCUCCACUGAUGAAGAUGAGACUGUGACUGUUAUGGACCAAGAAGAGAGGAAAAUGAAGAAUUGGUCAGGGAAAUGUCAGCUACUGCAACAACUCCGUAGAGCCCGUAAAGAGGCCUCAGAGGUUCUUCACAAAGAAUCUGCCCCAGCUGGAAGACUCAAGGGCACAAAACAGGAUCCAGAAAGUCCGGAAGAGAUGGAUGCCUUUAAAGUCAGUCAAAAUCAAAAUUUUAAAGUGAGAGAAGGGAUGAAUGAGGUCAUUACCAGGAAACUGGUGAGGCUGGAGCCAGAGAAAAGAAAUUCUUCCUCGUCAAGCCAGAGAGACAAUGGAACUGAUAUAGGAACAAAAAAUAUAAUGAAAGCUGAGAAGGUUCAACAUUUAGGAAAUGCUUCAGAAUCUUCUCUACCUACAAAAGAAUUUCCAAGGACAGAAGACAGUAACAGAGAGCUAUCCCAAAAGGAAGAACAGAUGAAAGAGAAACAUGUGAGAUGCAGAUUCCAGGAGCAGCUGGAGAGAUGGCAGCCUCAGUCAGUUUCUGGAAAGCAGCCCAUGGCAGAGAAAGCACCUGUUCUGUUCCACAUGGAAAGCUCUUAUCUGCCAGUUGUUGACAGGUUGCCCGGACUGGACAGUAUGGGAGAUGAAGAGCUGCUGCUGACAGCUUGGCUGUGGAGCUGUGGCCGGGUACCCGCAGAUGAGAGCAGUGGGGGCAGGCAUAGCACUGCACUGAGAGCAGCUGCCUUCUACCAUGCCCUCGUGACAUGGCUUCUGUCCCUGGUACCUCCUGUGAAAAUGAAAGGUGGACCCAAGGCUCCAUUUCAGGCAGUAUGUCUACAGCAGACCUGGCAAGAGGACAGAUUGGCCCUGUCUGCUUGUGUAAUGCCAACAGAUGAAUCUCCAACCCAGGACUUGAUGCUGAUUAAAGAAACGUUAAAGAAGAUUAAAACUAAAGAAGAUCCCCAAGAAAUGUCCGCUUUUUACCAGAGGAUUUCUGAAUUUCUAUCCUUUAUAUGGCUUCCAGAUGUUACCUGGUGGAGAGCAGAACUGUGCAGUUGCUUCCAAAGCCACCUAUAUCCACUUCUUCCUGAAAUUCCCUCUGCCCUGCUCAGUUACAUCCCUACUGUUAAUCCUGAUCCUCAGGUUGCCAUGGUGUUGCCGUUUGAAGCUCUCUCCCAAAGAUCCCUAGCUGCCCAUCACGUGUUGCAGCUGGUGCUCAGCUCUGGGCUGGAUACCUGUGGACUCCACCUGCUGUGCUCUCAGCGUGAUGUGCUGCUCUCUAGCUCAGGAAAACUGCCUUCUUCCUAUGCUUCAGAGACUGACAAGGUGCUGGCAUUAGGGGUGAGAGGGCCUAAAGGAGUUAGCACCAUGCAGAAUAUCACUGGGCCAUCUGACCCGCAGCUGGCUGGCAUGACAGACUGCAGUUCCAUCAGUGCCAUCUACUGCACGAGCCACACAGAGCCUCUUGUCCACCUGCCCCAGCAGGACAGCUGUGUGCACAGGGAGCUGUGCCUCUGGUUUGGAGGGAGGGCUGCUGAUGCAGCACUGCAUGGUGGUAUCCUGGAUCCGACCCCCAGAUACAACAGAACAAGAUCUCAGAGUCCUUCAUCAACUAGAGAAGAAGCAGAUGAGGAAAAGGUUUAUCUCCAGGGCAUGGUGCAGCCUCAGCCUCCAGCAACGCUUGUCUCACCUACCAAUGGUCUGCAGCAGCUUCUCCUUGAGAUGGAAAGAUGCACCCAUGCAGAGCAUGCAGAACAAAUAUGCUGCUCCACCCAUCAGAUGUAUACACUUCAUCCCAGGGACGUCAUUUUGACAGUGUCACCUCUGGUACCUCCUCAUGCCUAUGGUAACGUGAUUGCAGUCUGUACUCGUCGAGGGUUUGCUCUGCAAGGAAUCAGACAGCUGCAGCUUUCACACAAGCAAGCCAUUGUGCUGAGCAUGACAACAAGUCAGAUUGCUCUAUUUUGCCCUGGCAAGAUUUCUAGUUUUCCUGAGAACAGUUCUGCAAGAGGAGAGCUUUCUGCUGAGCCACACGUGCACUGUCUUGUCUUGUUGCUGAGAAAGGAGGAUGCUAGUCAUCAUAUUCUUGCAUUGGUAAAAGGACUGAUGAAUGAACUGGCACAGCAAGGCCUCCUUGGCAACAGGCAGAGCAGCUUGCCUGCCACAGCCAGGCUGGACUCCUCCAUGUGCUUCCAUGUGGCUCCUUACACUGAGAACUUGCUGCAGAUGCUGGGAGGAAACUUCAGUGCAGUUCCAGACCCGUGUAACAUUCCUCUGGAUUUUUUCUGCAACCGAAGAUUUGCUUCCGAUCCUGAAAUGGAGCAAGUAGUCCUGCUGACACUGGUUGGGAAGGAUGCUAUGGGCAGUGCUGGAGAACUCCUUUGCCAGAUCCUUCUUCCUGGGAGCAGUAGUCAGCAUCAGAAUGCAGAAGGACCUGAUUCAGGGUUUGAGCUUCUAGGUCUCAAGUGGUUGCCCCGUCUCACUCGGCGUCAGGCAAAAGAAGUGACCCCUUUUGAGGUUGGAGAUGCUUCUUGGCGGAGAAGCCUUGAUACACUGAUGUCUAAUCCAGUCCUUGUGUGUGCGUUACGGCGGAUCAAUGCCUUCCAAGCCCUUGAAGAUGCAUUAAAGAGAUUAACACAGUGCAGGGAGGAGCUACGCGAAAGUGACAGUGCUCUGCAGAGAGUAAUGGCCUUGACCCCAGAGGUAGCGUUCAGACAAGCCAUCCUUUUCUUCACAGAGAAGGAUCUGGUAGCUGAUCCAGAACACUGUCCUACUGCCAAAUACCUGCCACCACCUGGCAAGACAUCCAGGGCUGGAGUGGAAGAGACCCAGAGAUGCCACGCAGAAUCACUGUUUGCCUACUUGCACGCAGGAGCCCAGAUCCUCUGCACGGUGCUGCUGAUCAAACCUGGUGCCUGGAGCCAUCAUCUUGCAAGGAUCCUCCGAAAGCUUGACCUAGAAAAAUUCACAGUGGUUGGGAUGAAACACGUACAGCUGGAGCCAGACAUCGCCUUAGGACUCCUUUCUUCUGAAACAAAACAGGAUCCUGCUGUUCUAGAAGCUCACUGUACCUACCUUACCUCAGGCACUUCUCUUGUGCUGUGUCUUCAGAGACCAAAUGCUGUGAAGAAAUUGAUCGACAUUCUGGGGCCAGAGGACCCUCAAGUAGCCCAAGCCCUAAAUCCAUGCUUCUGGAGGGCUCAGUAUGGCCUCAGCACUGUCCAAAAUGGAUUUUAUGGCUCCAAAUCCUACCAAAUAUCUGUGCGGGAUAUGAAGCUGUUUUUCCCAGAAGGUCUGUGCUGCGCCGAGUGUCAGACACUGCAGGAGGAAGAGAUCUAUAACCUGAAAUGUGACCCCAUAGUCAGUGUGGAAAUCAGCAAGCAGCGCAAAAUCAUAAAAGGUGGCACAGGAGGGAAGCUCAGUUUGCUGGGCUCUGGGCAACCACGCGAUCUUGAUCGGCCGCUCGGUAACCUCUGCCAAACCACCUGCCUCAUCCUGCCAGCGAUAAUCCUCCGGGGCUCAGACCCCCCUUAUGUUGAACUGCUCCAUCAGCUCACUGGCAAAGGUUUCACGGUGACUGGAGUGCGCCUCACUGUGCUGGAUGCACCACAGGCUCACUGCAUCUCAGAGAUACUGAGCAGAGCCAAGUACGGGGUGGCAGCAAAGUGCUCCCUCUUAAUGGAUGGUUUGUGCCUGGUGGUAGCAGCAGAGCGAGACAGCGCAGUCAUUGGCUUCGACUCCCUGCUGGACAGUGUGCGUUGGCAGAAGCAGUCGGUGCUGGACAUGGCGCAGCAUCUCCUCUAUCCUCAAAAUGAGAAACAGGCUGAAGAGCUGCUCUGUUGUCUUUUUGACUCCCUGACAUCUGACAGCACCUUCCGCAUUGAAUCCCAGAGCUGCUAGCUGCUGGUCACAGCCCCCAGGUAGCCUGUGGGCCAGUGAUAUUGCAGGGGGUGUCUGUGCAGGUGGGCA